AUGAAACUCAGUGAGAUCAUUUCGAAAGCUGAGGAUUUGGGAUCUUUUUAUUUUUCCGUUUUUUUCCGUUGGCUAAAGGAUCCUUCAAGAGAUAAUAACGUGUCUCUGAUCGUGAGACUUAUUUUCCAAGCUGUGGUGUAUGUGAUUUGGAAGGAGAGAAACCAGAUGCUUCACUUAUCGGUGGAGAAGCCACCGGGAAUCAUCAUAGAGGAGAUUAAACAGGUUAUCCGGCUUAGAUUGGAUCAGGUGGCUCGUAUACAGGCCGUUUUGUAA